GCUGUUACUGUGAAAAUAAACUCACAUCAGACAACUCUCAUAAAAUAAUAUAGUCAUAUAGAAUAUAAUUUCGUAAUUAUAAUGGUUUAUUUUUUAUCUUCUCUGUUGGUUAUUUUAUUUACCGCUCUAUGCUAUGUGUGAUCCUCUGUCCUUUCCUUAGCUGGCAAUCUGGGUUCCAAAAAUCUGUCACCAUUCCAAAGCGAUGCGUCUUCGUAUGGCGAGCAGAGAGCGGAGAGAGAUAUUUAGAGCGAGACAUAUUUAUUUCACCACUGCCGAAGAGAAUACCGCAGCUAUUAAUAAAUAAAUAACGACGUAGUAAAACUGUUUGACUGUAUGACAAGAUCUCCUCUGACUUCUUCUGCUAAAGACACGAAAUAGCCUGACUCAAGCAUGUAAUAUCGGUCUCAAAUCACGUUAAUGCGAGCUGCAUAAAUAAUGCGGGUGUGAGUAACAUAUACUGUAAACGAAGGGAGAAAUCAGGGACUAUAGCGGAGGGCCAGUGGUAAGCGGCUCACCACUACGAGCCUGUCGUCUGUGCCAGACCAAAGACGGGGAGAGCGGGCCGUGACAGCAACAUGUCGAACCGAAAACAUCGGGACAACCAAGAGAUAUGCGCCCGCAAGGUCCGGGAGUUGGCCCAGGCUGGAGUAAACAAACACUGCUUCGAGUGCAGUCAACCCGGGGUGACUUACAUCGAUAUCACCGUGGGCUGCUUCGUUUGCACGUCGUGCUCUGGAAUGCUGAGAGGACUCAACCCUCCCCACAGAGUCAAGUCUAUCUCCAUGACAACCUUCUCCCAACAGGAAGUGGAGUUUCUGCAAAACCAUGGCAAUGAGGUGGGGAGGAGGACCUGGCUGUGUGUCUUUGAGCCAAAGACAGAUGCAUGCUUCAACACAAGGGACUCACAGAAGCUCAAGGAGUUCCUCCAGGACAAAUACGAGAAGAAGAAAUGGCAUUUUUCGAAGAACAAGAGCCGGAGGGAGGUGGAGGGACCCUGGAGCCCGCCGGGGGUGCAGGCCUUACCGUCCUCUCACGGCCCCCCGCCCGCCCAGGCCCCAUCCCACGCCAUGCCCCCCUCCGCCAGACCCAUACGCACACUGUCCCAGUCCCAGCUCUCGUCCUGGGGGGACAGAGUCCCCACCAUCUCCCCUGCGGACAUGAGGGCUGAUGUGUUUGCCCCCCGUGCUCCCUCACGCUCCCAGAGCUUUAGAGACCCGCCAAUGAAAGAGUCUCUACUGAGAGGUAUAGAGAGACAACGUCCAGGCUCUCUGUCUUCAACGAUGGGACCCCAGAGCCACGCCCCCUCCUUUCCUGCCCUCCCUCGACCCUCAGGUCGCACAGUGUCCUCCUCGGGGGGCUUAGCCCCCUUCAGGGCCUUCCCUAAGUCUCUGAGUGUGGAUUUUGGGGGGCUCAGCCAGCAGCAGAGUCACAGUGCACUCAGCAUCACCCCCCCAGCCCCCGGCCCAAACACACACACAAACCACCAGGACCGCUACGCUGCCCUGUCCCAACUAAACAGUGUCUUCUCUGACACGUCGCCUGGACCUACAGCUCCCCCCGGUGGACUACCCCAGUAUAGCACCCUGUUUGGGAACCGCCUGUCCUCCAGUUCCACUCCUGCCAGCUCUCCAGGCGUGGAUGCUGUGUCGGGAUCACAAACAUUUGCAAGCUUCCCCAACCCGUUCAGCUCCAGUUCCAACUCUCAGCAGCAACAGCCUGCCCUGUCCCCCAGUAACCCAUUCAACAGGUCCACCUCAGGAGGUGACUCCAGUGGGUUCGUCAGCUCUCCAACCUCAGUGUUCCCUCCGUCCGCCACCUUCCCAACUCCGGCUACCCAGAAUGCAUUUCCACACAAGCAUGCCAACAACCAGGAAGCCAAUGGUUUUGCCUCUUUCCCUGCAUCGGACUCUCAACCCAAAGUUCCUCGUCCAAUGUCAGUGAACCCAUUCACUGGGAAUGUUUACCCGAGUAGAGGAACGUCGCGAAACCCUUUCAUCUGAUACCGGCACCCCGGCUACCCCCCAACCACCCCUGGGCACAUGAAGACCAGUGAACUUUAGGAGCUGCUGCCAUUUCAAUGCCUCUAGAGUAUUUUCGCCUUCAGAGAGAGGGGAAACAUUCAUGCAGGCUCCUCUCCCCUCUACGUGUGUGUGUGUGUGUGUGUCUGUGUGUAUGUGUGUGUGUGUGUGUGACCAUAUAUUAAAGGUGUUCGUAUGACAAUAGAAUCCACCUCAGGGCUCAGUGGGUGCCAUCAACAAGACACACACACACACACACACACACUUUGCUGUUUCUCCCAUGUCCCGCUUUUGUGCAACAGUCCAAUUCUUAAAACAGUACGCCAAAUCAUCACAUUCGGCAAGCAAAGCAUUUUUUUUCCUUUAGUGAUGGUUAUGGCAGCCUUAACAUAACAUCCUCCUAAUGCAUGUAGAUAGGAGGACGUUACAGACAAGCCUGUCUUCCCCCCCAUGUGCUGUGUGUAUGUAUGUGGAGAACACGUUUGUAUCGUUUUAUGUCCGUUUUUGUCUUGAGUAAAUCAUGUGUUUGUCUCAGGCUGCAUGUGCUUGGAGGGCUUCAAAGAGGAGAUACUAUUGAAUGUAAAAAGCUAUUUUCAAAACAAAACUGUUUUAUUUCUCCCUGUAAUGGACCAAAUAUUUGUUAUUUUGGGUGAAAAUAUGGAGAUGAAAUUGAUCUCUUGCAAACAAAAGAAAGAGUUCUAUUGAGAAAGUGUUUGUAAUGAUGUGUCCAUGUUCAUAAAUUCAAAUAUUUGUUGCGUCUUUAAA